AUGAACGGCCAAGAUGUGUUUCCACAAAGGCGCAUUCAAUCGUGUACGGCAAGAGAUUUAUUUGGACCUCCAUCUGAGUUCCACGUGUCCGGAGUUGGUGCAAUCAUUUCAUUCCCGUCAACCUUGUCAGGCUGGCUCGUCUUCGUGGAACCUAUAUCAUCCACUCGCAGAAUGAUAGCGUGUGUAGCACUUGCUGGUCAACUUUCGUCCGCUCCAACAUUUGUCUCUAUGGUGGUGGACUAG